AUGGCCGACACCUGCUGUUCCAGGACCUGCGUUGUUGCUGCAUCCACCUUGUCUGUCUGCUCCAGCGACCUCAGCUGUGGCAACCAGGUCAGCUCACCCAGUGCCUGCAUCGGCUCCUCCUGGCAGGUGGACGAUUGCCAGGAGACCUGCUGCGAGCCCACCUGCUGUGCCCCCAGCUGCUGUGCCCCAGCCCCGCGCCUGACCCUCAUCUGUGCUCCAGUGAACUGCGAGUCCAGCCCCUGCUGCCAGCCAGCCUGCAGCAGCUCCUCUCCCUGCCAGCAGGUCUGCUGUGUGCCUGUCUGCUGCAGGCCCAUCUCUUGCACACCUGUCUGCUGCAAGCCAGUCUCUUGCACACCUGUGUGCUGCAGGCCCAUCUGCUGCACACCUGUCUGCUGCAGGCCCGUGUGCUGUGAGGCCUCCCCCUGCUCAGCCCCCUUGUCCUGCUGCAGACCCUCCUCCUCCGUGUCCCUCCUCUGCCGUCCCGUGUGCCGCCCUGCCUGCUGCGUGCCCACCUCCUCCUGCCAGCCCAGCUGCUGCCGCCCGGCCACCUCCGUGUCCCUCCUCUGCCAACCCUCAUGCUCCAGCCCAGCCUGCUGA